AUGAAUAUCGAAACAGAUGGUGUGAGGCAACGCUUAAUCCACACCGCAUCCCAAGUUCUGAAGCUGCACGGAGGCCUUUUACCUGCUUCCCUUCUGGGAGAUGAACUUCGGCGUCAUUAUCCGGCACUCUGGAAAGAUUGGAAGUCGCACGGCGAUACAAGUUCUGGCGGCUUGCUGCGCUUGUUGGAAACUUGUGCAGCUGGCUUUUCUGUGGAGCGCCCAGAGCAGGCCAGAGAACGUGGAAGAGUGCAUCAGCCGCAUGAGAGGUCAGAGGAAUGUCAAGAACCUUUAGUGAGAUUGGUUUGCGAGGCGCAGGGGCCAGAGUGCACUGUCAAGGUUAAUUUGUCAGAGCACUCGGAGUUUCAUGAAUCAGUGAGGAAGGCCAUGGCCGAUCGUUUUGUGAAGCAUCCUGAAGGAAGCAAAGGCGGCUCAGUGCCGGUUGCUUGGCUGACAAUUGCUUGCGAAAAGGAGCUGCUUCGACAUAUACGUUAUUUCCCUCAGUAUGAGCAGGACAUGUCGCAAACUUCACCACACCUGGCAUAUCUUUUUGAAGGUAUGUUACCUGGCACAGUUACCUCGCAAACUCCCAAAGCUCUGAGAAAAACACGCAUGGCUUGUCGCUUGAUCGCCUUAAUGGCUGAGGCUCCGGGUACUUUUCAGCUGAACUCGCAGCCAAAUACGGAGACUGCAAAGGAUUUCUUGUGUGAUUUGAUUACGCUCAAGCAAUCUGGUAUGCCCAAGGCGUGUAACAACCCCUUAGAUACCUUAAGUUCUUUGACCAUGCGCCCCAACGCCAUUGGUGAAGGUCGGCGUGCGUGGCGUCGUGCUCUUCCUUCUGAGAUGCCUCGGAAUGCAUCAGAGCUGACCUCCAAAAUCUGCCGCUUGCCACAGGCAGAUGUGUGGGUGCUGCUUUUGCGUUGCCAAGGCACAAGAAGCAAGGAAGCUCAACUGAUGGUCUUGGAGUUUCAAGCUGCUGCCACAGGGCUUGGGGUUUGCGCAUCCAGCCUCCACGAAGUUGCAGUGGGCAUGUUUGCACUUGAGGUUUCUGGCCAGGCGGAGGCAAAGUUUCUCCAGUUGGCUCGUCACUUGACAUCGGUUCGCAGGCCACCUAUUCGACUCUAUCGGCCCGAAGCUUUCCCAACUGCUGAAGCAUUGGCACAAUACGUGCCAGAAAUUUUAACACAAAUGAAAGUCGAAUCGUGGUGGUUGGAAGUUGAGCUUCGGGAAACUCCGACCAAUCAUGCGUCAUUGCCACUGAAGCAUUGCCCCGGAGCAGUGCUUGCUCUAAAAGUCACUGCCCAUGUUGCCAAUGUGGCGAGUCAUACUGUGGAAAAACUACAAGAGUGCGAAGAGCGUGGCGAAAAUCAUUUGCAUUUGGUAGCUUUGGAGGCGAAUGGUGGUGCACUGCUGCUAGGACAAGAGGUGCCUGUAGAGCUAAACCAAGACGAGCUGCAACUGCGGCCAUGUGGCUUGCCUUUGGCGUGGCAUCAAUCUUGGCAAUCGAGACCAUUCCACUUUUCCGCUGGCCUGGAUUCUUGGGUUGCAAAUGCAGUUGUUUCCCUCGCCGCAAUGGAAAGCCAACAGUGUUCGGGCUUUGUCCCCAUAAACUUUUUGGACCCUUGCUGUGGAAGCGGUACCUUGGCUGCGGUUGCAGCCGCCUCUGGCGCGUUCACGCGUGUGCUUGCUCGAGAUGUUGAUGCAAAGUUUGUCGAGCGUGCCAAAGAGAAUUUUGCUUCGGCAGAUGCGCAGUCCCGCUGCAGAUUGAUUGACAUCAAUGUUCACGAUGGAUCCACCUCCUUUGGGGAGAUACAGGCGGAUGUCAUAGUCGUAAACCCGCCGUGGGGCUGGCGCAUUGGUUCCAGCAUAGCGUCAGAAAAAAUUAUUUUGAAUCUAUGUCAUGAGUUUCCCAACGCGGUGGUGGCAGUCAUUUGCCCAGAGAUACCACUAUCAGAACUUGUGGACGCACAUUUUGAAAUAAGAUGGAGCUGUCCUUUGGGCCAGAGUGCCGUUUGGAUUUUGGUACCAACGCGCCCGUCGUAA